AUGGCAGACGAUCGUGAAUCAUUCUCAGUUCCCUUCGAAAAAUUGAAUGGACAAAAUUGGGCCGAAUGGAGCCGGAAGCUAAAGGCCUGGCUGGUAGCCAAGGGGUUGUGGGAGGCGACCCAGGGGCCCCCUCUACCACCACCUGCAGCAGGAGCAGCGGCGGCAGACAUAGCGGCUGCUCACGCGUCGCAGAGGAAAAACCAGAAAGCCCUGGGAGCUAUAGUGCUCAGUUUGGAGGGUUCCCAACUUCCUCUGGUUGAAGGGCUUGAAACUGCUCAGGAGGCCUACCAAGCCCUUGAGAGGGUGCACCACAGAACCACGGCUGGUGCAAAGAUCCAUACCACCAGACACUUGUUUGAGAUGAAGCUGCGUCCCGGUGGGAACAUCAGACAGCAUGUUACUGAGAUGCUUUCUGUUUUCAAUGAGUUGCGGCUGUUGCAAGUCAACUUCUCAGAGGAGCUGAAGGUUUAUAUUUUGCUCAGCUCUCUGGACAAAAGCUAUGACAAUUUGUGUCUGUCUAUGGAAUCCAUGAGUCCACAGGAUUUGACUCUCUUGUACGUGACAGGACGUCUUUCGGACGAACAGGAGAGGCGUGUCCGAGAAGGCAGGUCUGGCGGAGGUAGCUCCACCGGUUGCAGAGGUGGGGGGGGCAAGCCAGAUGAGAGCUGUGUUCAGGCUUUUUCCACUCGUCGAUGUUAUGUCUGUGGAUCUAACGGCCACCUUAAACGGGCCUGUCCGCAGAGGAACAGAGAGGCCGGGCAGGAUGUCUCCAAGGUCGUUUCCCAUGGGAACCAGUCUCGGAGAGGAGGCCAGCGUGGGAACGCGAAGGAAGGACGUGACUCAGAGAAAGGAGACUGUUAUCAUCUCACGGCUUCUCUGGCAACUUUGAAAAACAAUACCAGCAGGGACACAGCUGUGAACUGUGUGACUUUCUCCAGGUCUCAGAAGCUUCGCCAGGGUGGGUCUCUCUCGCGACUCCUUUCCGCAACGCUGGAGGCCCUCAACAGCACAGCCAGCUUACUGGGCCAAUUCUCCUUCAUCCUGGUGGGCAUCCCUGGUCUGGAAGCCUUCCACACCUGGAUUGGGACCCCCCUCUUCCUCAUGUACGUCCUGACUGUGCUGGGGAACGUCACCAUCCUCUUCAUCAUCAAGACGGAGCCCAGUCUCCACCAGCCCAUGUACCUCUUCCUCUCCAUGCUGGCCGCCAACGACCUGGUCAUCAGCACCUCCACCUUGCCCAAGAUGCUGGCCAUCAUGUGGUCGGGCGCUAGGGAGAUUGGCUUCCAUGCCUGCCUGACGCAGAUGUACUUCAUCCACACCUUCUCCAUCGUGGAGUCCGCCAUCUUGCUGGCCAUGGCCUUUGACCGCUAUGUCGCCAUCUGCCACCCUCUCCACUAUGCGGCCAUCCUUAGCAACACAGCAGUGGCCAGGAUGGGGCUGGCGGCGGCUGCCCGGGGCGUGAUCCUGGUCCUGCCCUGCCCCCUCCUCCUCCUCAAGAGGCUGCCUGGUGGCUUCCGAACAGUCAUCCAGCACACCUACUGUGAGCACAUGGCGGUGGUCAAGCAGGCCUGCAGUGACACGACUGUCAACCGGGUGUAUGGCAUCUGUGUGGCCCUCUCAGUGGUGGUGCUGGACCUGGGGCUCAUUGCUGCCUCCUACACCAUGAUCCUCCGGGCCGUCUUCCGGCUCUCAUCAUGGGACGCUCGCGCCAAGGCCCUGGGCACCUGCGCGGCCCACAGCUGCACCAUCUUGGUCUCCUAUGUGCCCGCCCUCUUCACCUUCCUGACCCACCGGAUUGGGCACCACGUGCCUCCGUACAUCCACAUCCUGCUGGCCUGCCUCUACCUCCUCCUGCCGCCCAUGGUGAACCCCCUCGUCUACGGGGUGAAGACCCAGCAGAUCCGCCAGAGGGUGCUUGGCCUUUUUGGCCAAGGGAGAAAGGGGCCUGCAAACCACUAGACACCUCCUUGCCCUCCUGGGUGCCAAGCCGGGCCCUGCCAGGCACGGUGCCUCUCCCACAACACUGACAUUUGGGCAGAAAGCACGAGAGGGGGCCACAAAUGUUUGCUUUCAUUUUAUUUAUCUCAUGUCUC